AUGAAAAGGGUCCAUACCAGUCCAUCCCCAGCCCCAGCCCCAACCCCUAAAGCCCCUGAGACAGAUGAGUUCCUGGGUUCACCUGUGUGUCUGAAAAAGAAGUUAACUCGUGCAUCGUGUGACCUGGUGUUUUGUCCUCCGUGGGAGCGUUGCAUCGAAGGACAUUGCUCUUGUAAACCACCCUACAUGUGUCCCGUUGAGAAUGUGACCCCAGUUUGUGGGCUGGACAAUAGAAACUACCGCUCCUACUGCCAGGCGAUGGCUCUCUCAUGUCGGACCAAGAAAGCCACCAUGUCGCACUUUGGGACUCAUUGCGGAGCAAGUUAUCUGAAGUUUACAAGUUCAAUAGACCCAGACACAGGAGUGGUCAAGGUCUUCAUCCCUGACCCUGUGAAACCUGAAGUUGGGGAUGAGUUCCUGGUGUGUCCGAAGGUUUGGGACAUGGCGGCUGCUAACGUGGUCUGCAAGAAUCAUGGGAAUCCACUAGGUGCAGAGACCGCUGAUUCCGUGUCUUACGUUGACCUGACAACCAGUGGUGACAACAAGCAGUUACCGAGGAGCUGCGUUAGCAUCUACUGCCAAGGUUACGAGGCUUCGCUAGCUGAGUGUGAAAUCUCCGACAAGGAGAGGAGAAUUACGAGCGUCGCUACAGCAAUCUGUUAUAAACACUCAAGAGAAAAGAGUGGCUUCAAGUGUGCAAACACAAAGUUGGUGUCUCUGAACCAGACUUGUAACGGAGUUGAUGACUGUGGCGAUCGCAGUGAUGAGAUGUGCUGCAAAAGUUGCAGAAACGGUGCUUUCCUCUGCAAGACGGGCGUGUGCGUGCAUAAAAAUGGCCUCAGGGACGGACAGAUUGACUGUCUGGAUGGCUCGGAUGAAGCACUCAAACACAGAAACAAAACAGAGCCGGUGCAUCGACUCAAACAAAACUCAGGUAUACGUGUAACUGAGGGACAAACAGCAGCGUACACCUCUCCCCAAAAAGAAACGAAGGCCAACAGGGUGCAUCUGGAGUCCAGGUUGCAAUGCGGGGUUCCCAAUAAGACCACGGUGGACCAUGUGGAGGUGACAGAUCGACAGAGGACCAGCCGAGUCAAGAGAGUGGUGGGAGGAGUCCCAGCCAACCCGACCCAGAUCCAGUGGCAGAUUGCUCUGGAGGAGAACAAGAAGAUUGAUUGCGGAGGUGCAUAUAUCGGAGGAUGCUGGGUAAUCACUGCUGCUCACUGCGUCAGACCCAGCCCCUCUGCAUUCAAGGUGAAGUUUUCUCUCUGGAAGAAGUCUCGAGCCCAGGACACGACUGACAUCGUUCCUGUUGCAGAAAUCCUCAUCCACCCAAGGUACAAUGCCAGCACCUACGAGAACGACAUAGCUCUGCUGCAGCUGGAGAAGCUUCCGUUCACCGCGAAAUGUUUGGUGGACAACCCGGCCAUCAGUGCCGUCUGCGUCCCCUGGUCCACCCACCUCUUCCAACCCAACCACACCUGCAGCAUCUCCGGGUGGGGACGGACCGCAGACGGCAGAGCGGCCCAGGUGUUGCUCUGGGCCAACGUGUCGCUCAUCGACAACUGUAGAGAUUUCUACAAAGAUCGCUUCAAACUCGGCAUGAUGUGUGCAGGUGAUCUGGACGGUAGUGUGGACUCCUGUCAGGGGGACAGUGGUGGUCCGCUGGUCUGUCAGGACGAGCUGGGUAUUUCCUACCUGUGGGGCAUCGUCAGCUGGGGAGAGAGGUGUGGUCAGCCGGGAUUCCCUGGAGUUUAUACACAGGUGGCUCAUUACUUUGAGUGGAUCCGAAGUCAUACCGGCUGGCCAGCAGUCACCAGGUUCAACUCCUGA